UUCUUCGGGCAAGGCGCGAGGAGAGCCCGCGAGACAAAGGGGCGGGCCGUGGGAAGAGUUGAGUCCAUCCCUUUCUGACGUCACACGUGGGCAGGAAAGAAAAUGGCUGUGCAAAACGUUCCGUCCUCUUUUCUACGAGCGGCUGUUCGGAGUUUUGCCCACAGUCCGGGCGCUGCCGCUUCCGUAACCGCCGAGCAGAUGGCGGAGAAGCUGCGGGAACAGAAGAAGCCAAAAGCGGUUCCGGAGGUUCCAAAAGACCGAGUAUUGAGGCGAGUGCAAGAAUAUGUUCAGCAGACCCGAUGUUUCCAGCAGCUCCAUCCUAACGUCCUAGCCAAAGUUCUCAAAAAGGAAAUCCUCUAUACAAACAAAGAUAUUGUAGUAAUAAACAAGCCUUAUGGACUUCCUGUCCAUGGUGGCCCUGGGGUGAAGAAAUGCAUUACAGAUGUGCUGCCAAUACUGGCCAAGAUGUUAGAUGGCAUGAAAGCUGAAUCUCUGCAUUUAUGUCACCGGCUGGACAAAGAAACUACUGGAGUGAUGGUCUUAGCAAAAGAUGAGAUGAUUGCACACCAGGUCAAAGAGAUGUUCAAAACCCGUCAGGUGGAAAAGAAAUACUGGGCAAUUUGUAUUGGAAAACCAGAGCCGGAAGGGGGGCUGGUGGACAUUCCCAUUAUGGAGAAAGAAGUGGAGGGCCAGCAGUCGCAUUUCAAAAUGACACUUGCGCCAAAUUAUCGUGUAUCUUUAGAAGACAAAAAGUUGCACAAAGUGCGCCAGAACAGAGAUGCUCACUUGGCAGUGACCCGGUAUCGUGUGCUAAGCACCUGGUCCACUUGUUCUCUCCUUGAAUUGGAACCAAUCACAGGAGUGAAGCAUCAACUCAGAGUCCACUUGGCUUAUGGCUUAGGUUGCCCAAUCCUUGGGGAUCACAAGUAUUCUCACUGGAGCAAGCUAGCACCACAGAAACUCUCUCUAGGUACACUGAAGAAACUGGGUUUGGAACAAGUCAAAGUCCGUUACCUUCCUCUCCACCUACAUGCCUGCGAGCUCACCCUGCCUCCGAUAAAUAGCAAUGAGGAGCAGAAAAUCCACUUAUUUUGCAAGCCACCCAUUUUCUUCAAGCUCUCCUUAAAACGGCUAAAGCUAGAAUUUCCAAAAUCGGAACAAAAAGAAACUAAGACUGAUUAGCUAUGCUAGUUUGUUAAUGGGACUCCUUUUCCUGACUUUAUAAAGCCGUGGGAGGAUC